ACGUCAGGCACCGACAUGGCGGACAAAGUUGCAGAAAAGCCCAAGGCUACGACCAAGAAGCCAAAAGAGAAGCCAGUGGAACCUGUUCCCUUGAAGAAGAGGCCUUUCAAGAGGCACGGUCGUCUUUAUGCCAAGGCUAUCUUCACUGGCUACAAGAGAGGUCUGCGUAACCAACAUGAACACACAGCUCUUCUGAAAAUUGACGGAGCUAGGGCAAAGAGUGACUCCGAUUUCUACAUUGGAAAGCGUUGCGUCUAUGUGUACAAGGCCAAGAACAAGACUCCAGUUCCCGGAAAGACCACCAAGAAGACGAAAGUCAGGGCUAUCUGGGGAAAGGUCACACGUCCACAUGGUACCAGUGGAUCUGUGCGCGCCAAGUUCAAGAGGAAUUUACCUGCUAAGGCCAUGGGUCACCGUAUCAGGAUUAUGCUGUACCCAAGCAGAGUUUAAAUUUAUGUAAAAUAUUAAUAAAUAAAAAAAAACACCUUUUGGUACCAAA